ACUCGCCGCCAUUUUCCUCAGAGCGGAAGGAGGAAGAGCAGAGGGAAAACAUUAAAGUGUUCCAGUGAAAAAUCCUCAUUAAAUAUAUAAUUUCUGUAAUGGAAGUCCCUGGACCAGACAGCGACUGGAGGAGCCCUCAGUUCCGACAAAAAGUCGUCGCUCAAAUUGAGGAGGCAAUGAGGAAGGCAGGAACGGCACACACCAAGUCGAGCAAUGACAUGGAGAACCAUGUUUAUGUCAAAGCCAAAUCCAGAGAGGAGUAUUUAUCGCUGGUGGCGAGGCUGAUCAUACACUUCAGAGACAUCCACAAGAAGGCUCUUGGUGGUCCAGAUCCCAUGAAUGCCCUGACUAACCUGACAGGGGUUGGAGGGGGUCCGGGUGCCAUUGGCAUGGGGCCUCGCCCCACCGGUGCUCCAGUGGGUGGCAUGGGGGCCAUGGGGCAGAUGCAGAUAGGCCAGCAUGCCAUGGCAGGGGUGGCUGGAAACCCACAAUCCAUAGGGGGUCCAGGACAGAUGCCGAUGCAGCAGAUGGUGCAGGCUCAGCAGCAGCAGCAACAACAGCAGCAGCAGCAGUCUAUUCAGUUCCAGCAGUUCCAACAGGCCCAGCAGCAGCAGCAGAACGCUGCCAUGCAGCAGCAGAACGCUGCCAUGCAGCAGCAGCAGAACGCUGCUAUGCAGCAGCGGCAGUUCCAGGUGCAGCAGCAGCUGAGGGUGCAGCAGCUACAACAACAGCAACAACAGCAACAACAACAACAACAACAACAACAACAACAGCAGCAGCAGCAGCAGCACCACCAGAACCAGCAGCAGCAACAGGCCCAGAACCAGCAGCAGCAGAACCAGAUGCAUCAGACUACGAUUCAGCAGCAGCAGAUGGUGCAGCUGCAGCUCCAGCAGCAGCAUGCUCAGGCUCAGGCUCAAGCUCAGGCUCAGGCUCAAGCUCAGGCUCAGGCUCAGUCCAUCCAACACAUGGUACAGCAGCAACAACAGCAGGUUCAGAAUCAGGCUCAGCCUCAGCCCGGUCAGAUGCCUCCACACACUCAACAGCAGCAGCAGCAGCAGCCCGGCAUGGUGCCUCAGUCUCUGGCCGGACAGAUGGCUUCCGCUCAGCACGUUCCCAUCAACUCGCUCAGUCAGCAGCAGCAGCAGCAGCAGCAGCAGCAGCAGCAGCAGCAGCAGCACCAGCUCAAGAUCCAGGCCUUCCAGGCCGCGGCACAGCAGGCCGCGGCACAGCAGGCCGCGGCACAGCAGGCCGCGGCGCAGGCACAGCUCAACGCAGCUGCUGCAGCCGGCUCAGCUGUCCCGGGACAGGUGAGAUGGCAACCGCCUCCAGCUCAGUUGGUUCGUCCUGGGAUGAUCACCACCCGGAUGCCUCGAGCCCCCCUGAACCCCUCCAUCCCCCCUCAGAACGUUGCUGCUGCAGCCGCAGCCGCAGCCGCCGCCGCAGCCGCCGCCGCGGCAGGAGGACAGCAGAUGACACAGCAGGUGCAGCAGCAUUCCAUGAUGUCAUCGCCCUCACCUGUACAAGUCCAGACCCCGCAGUCGAUGCCUCCCCCUCCCCAGCCGUCACCUCAGCCCCCCACCUCGCAGCCCAACUCAGCCAGCUCCGGUCCCACGCCGUCUCCGGGGGGUUUCCAGCCUAGUCCCUCGCCUCAGCCCUCACCAAGCCCCGCCAACAGUCGGACCCCCCAGAACUAUGGAGUCCCCUCCCCAGGGCCGCUCAAUACUCCAGGUAACCCGAGCUCGGUGAUGAGUCCGGCUGGACCCACGUCUCUGGAGGAUCAGCAGUACAUGGAGAAACUCAAACAGCUCUCCAAAUACAUCGAACCUCUGCGCAGGAUGAUCAACAAGAUCGACAAGAACGAAGACAGAAAAAAGGACCUGAGUAAGAUGAAGAGUCUGUUGAACAUCCUGACUGAUCCAACCACCAGGUGUCCUUUGAAGACGCUGCAGAAGUGUGAGAUCGCUCUGGAGAAGUUGAAGAACGACAUGGCCGUGCCGACGCCGCCUCCCCCUCCAGUUCCCACCAAGCAGCAGUAUCUGUGUCAGCCGCUGCUGGACGCCGUCAUGGCCAACAUCCGCUCUCCGGUCUUCAACCACUCUCUGUACAGGACCUUCGCCCCCGCCAUGACCACCAUCCAUGGACCCCCCAUCACGGGUCCCAUCGUCUCGGGCAGGAAGAGGAAACACGAGGACGACGAGAGGCAGACCAUCCCGAACAUCCUGCAGGGGGAGGUGGCUCGCCUCGACGUCAAAUUCCUCGUCAACCUGGAUCCUUCAUUCUGCAGCAACAACGGCACCGUGCACCUCGUAUGCAAGCUUGACGAUAAAAACCUCCCCAGUGUUCCUCCUCUGCAGCUCAGUGUUCCUGCAGAUUAUCCUGAUCAGAGUCCAUACUGGGCGGACGACGGGGAGCAGUAUGGUGCAAACGGCUUCCUGCAAACGGUCCACAAAAACAUGACGUCCAAACUGCUGCAGCUGCCUGACAAACACUCGGUGACGGAGCUGCUCAACACCUGGGCUCAGAGCGUCCGCCAGGCCUGCCUGUCUGCUGCAUGAAGCCCCGCCCACCUGAGGUCACCUGACAGCAUUGCUUUGACACAAAGACACUUUUUUUUUUUUUUUUUUUAAUUACGUAAACACUAAACGUCUGACCUUGGACAGGUUUCAUCAGUGAAGUGUUUAGGACAAACGGCUCCACCUGUUGACGGUUUUCAUUAACAUCAAGAAGCUGCUGUGUCCCACGCUCCUGAACGCUCCAUGAGCUCAACCUGCAGAUGUUAUCAGAAUGACAUACCUGAUCAAAUCCCUGAUGCAUUCUGGGAAAAUUAAGACUAUUUGGCAUGAAGCUGAUGGAGCCCCCUCGCCUGUUUACACCUGCGUCAUAGAGUGUCCUUAAGUCGACAUGUUUCUGCUGUGUUCAAAAGCCUUAUUGUGAAACAGCAGAUUUUAGCCGCUUACUUGUAUUUAAUUUGUUUCUGCAUCAACAGGAAACAAAAAAAGGGAUAAGAGUAACAGAACCGCAUGUAACAGCUGAACUCUCAAAUCUCCCGAUAUAUAUUCUGCUCCCCUGAAUGCAACACAGAAUGGUUUGUGUUUGUUUGAAUGAGUUUCUGUUUUUGUACCUCAGAGAGGAUCUGUCAUAAAGAAGAACUUUAAGAAAUGUUUGUACACUUUGCUUUUCAAAGUGAAAAUAUAAAUGUAUUUUUUUGCUAUCAUAAUUAAACCUUUCAGUUUCAACUUUUUAAA